AUGGCUGAAUACUCCACGCUUAAGGUGCCUGAGCUCAAAAAGCUGUUGGCGGAGAAGAGCCUUUCUCAGACUGGAAACAAGGCCGAUCUCAUCGCUAGACUCCAGGAGAACGACAAGCAGUCCGAGACAGAGGCGAAGCCUGUCGAGAACAAAGAAGACGAGAUCAGCUACAGUGAUGACGAGGCUCCCGCUGCACCUGCCGCUGCCGCUGCCGCUGCCGCUGCCGCCCCAGUUACUUCGGCACCCGUUGCCGAUGCCCCUGCUGCCGAGGCCGCUCCUGCCGAACCCACGAAUGCUGAGGAGCCUGCUGCGGUAGAAGCACCUGCUGAGACAGAAGAGGCGCCUGCUGAGCCUGAAAAGUCUUACGCCAUGGGAUUGUCAUCCACUGCUGCCGAUGAUGAGGCCAAGAAGCGUGCUGAACGUGCUAAGCGAUUCGGCAUUGAGGAGGACGAAGACGCGAUCAAGCGCGCUGAUCGUGCGAAGAGAUUCGGUCUCGACGAGAAGGAGCUGGCUACUACCCUGGACUCUGCUCUUCCUGAGCGCUCUCGAAAGCGAGGCCGAGACCGCAACACCGAGACUGAAGGGAGCCGACCGGAAAAGCGACAGAGCAUGGACAGACGAAAUGGUCCUGGCGGUCGACAACGUAGAGGCCGUGGUGGUCGCGACAAUGGUCGCGACCGCGGUGCCCGAAAGGAGGGCGCUCAAAAGGAGGGUGCUGCGACCCGAAGUGGUAUCCUUAAUGACCCAACUGAGAAAGCCAAGGCGGAGAAACGCGCAGCCAGGUUCGCCGGGAACUGA